AUGAAAGGUCUCCUUCUAGAGCUUUCAUCGGUACUCCACGGAUUGGUUGCAGGAGGGCUCAGCCAAUGCUACGCUGAUAAUCUGUCAUUCUCGCCAGUUCUCUACACAGGCCCCAGUCAGGUUCAAUUCACAUCCUGUGCCUCUCAGGCCGAUGGCCCUAGAGUCUUCCCCAUCAACGCGACGACAUUCGACUGGUGGUAUUUUGACGCCGUGUCGGACGAUGGCACGCAAGCUUUGACAGUAAUCUUCUUCACCUCUUCCUAUAUCGGAUUCAGUUUCGACCUUCUCAAUGCCGUUGACCCGUUGAACGUUUACGUCUUUGCCAAUACAGGUUCGGGUCCCGGCAUAUCGUUUCCAAUUGCUGCCACCUCAGUCACAGUCGCCACCAAUGGUAAUGGAGCCACCGGUGACUGGAAAGGCAGUGGCAUCAGUUUCCAAGGCGCACCAGACCUCAGCACAUAUACUGUCACGUUCCAAAAGACGGCACUGAAUCUAGGGAUCGAGGGCACUUUCAAGUUGAAGACUCGUGGCCCAGGUCACUACGUUUGUGGUCCGUUGGAAGGUGGUCAACCUGAGGAAGUCCUUCCUCAUAUAGGCUGGGUAAACGUCAUGCCCGCGGCUGAUGCGCAGGUCGACAUUAAGAUUUUGGGCAAAUCAUUGAAGUUUUCCGGAAAUGGCUAUCAUGAUAAGAGGCUGACCAAUGCGGUUGCAAUUCAGAAUUGGGGUGAUGUGCCAUUCACCUCUGCCCUCCACAGUUGGUACUGGGGCCACGGAACAUUUGGAGACUACAACAUUGUCUUCUUUGAUAUGCUUGAUCCCUCGAACAAGGAGAAAGUUGGUGGAUACGUGCUAAAGGAUGGCAAAGUCGUUGGCUCCACCUGCACGAGUGGCCUACAAGUUCGACCUGUGGGUACAACAUAUCCACCGACAUUACUCACCGCCAAUCCGACCCAGCUCACCAUAAACAUGACCCUCAAUGAUGGAAGUAUCCUGGAUGCGAUCGUGACGGAGAGAGCCACUCAGAUAGACAUCGGACUCUAUACUCGCUGGAUCGGCUCUAUUGAAGGCACGGUCAAUGGAGUCACGGCACAGGGGUCCGCCUUGUGGGAACAAUUCAAAGUCCAAGCCUGA